UGCAUCUGAUACUCCCCUGGAUUUUAAAAUUAAUUGUUUGGCAGAAAGUAGAAGGAAUGGAUGCUAAAGCCAAGAACAAGGCCCUGUUUCGUGCCAAAUUGAAUGCCCAGAAGAAGGACAAGCGCAUCAACUCUCCUCUUGUGAGGUACAAUGAUUCUGACCAGCCCGUAUGCAAGAUAUGUGACUAUGUUUUGAGAUCUGAAUCUGGUUGGGAUGCACAUCAACUCUCUCGUAAACAUAAAGAGGCAAUAAAUAACCUCAGAGCCACAGCAGGUGGAGUAAACCGAGUCAAAAGUACAACCACUGAAGCCCAUCCAGAACCGUCUAAACUUAAUCAAGGACAUUCUGUGGAGUUGGAGGAGCCUAAACCCGAGUUGCUUAGACCUCAGACAUCCUCUGGUCUUCCUCCUGGGUUUUUUGAUACCCAGCCACAAAAGCAAAGUACAGACUCUUACUCAUCAGCGGAGACUGAUUCAUACAAAAAGAUUCAGGACAGAAGUAUUGAGCCUUCUGGGGACCUUAGUCACCUUACACAGGCAGCAUCACAGAUUCCUACUUCACAAGCUAAGCAAAUAAAGGGUGCUCUUCCUGAAGGCUUCUUUGAUAACAAGGAAGCGGAUUUAUCUGCACGGGGAAUAAAAAUUGUUAAGCCAGAUGUCAAAGAUGAGUACAAAGAAUUUGAGAAGUUGAUCCAAGAGGACCUGAAGGAGGUUGACAAUCGUUUAGAAGAAGAGGAGAUUGAUGCUGCUGAAAUGAUAGAAGAAGCCGAAUCUGUAGAGCAAAAAACAUAUAGGGAGAAAGUGGAAUUGAUGAGAAAGAAGAGAAUGGAGUUGAAGGCUGCCAAUGCUGCCAAGCGUAGAAAAGCUUCAGAUUUUGUCAAAAAGGAGGAGCCUAGUCAUGAAGGGUCAUCUAGUGAUGAAGACUGUGACGAGAAUUUUGUAGUAGAUUGGAGAGCUCAACAUUUGUGAAGGUCUUCUUGUGAAAUUUUUUCUCCUUAAGUUUGGUUCUAGUUUAGAACAUCAAACAUGGAAUUUGCCGAGUUAGAUGCCUAAACAUGCUUCCGCUAGUGUAUGUCUACUUGCAAUUAGCCAAUUUGGUAUGCAUAAGUUGCAGGAAACUGGAAGCACUGUGAGGCUCUGGGAACUCAAAAGCUAAAUGCAACAUUAAUUUAGCCCA